AUGUAAUACUCCACUUCAAACUAACCACAAUAAUAAAAAUAAAAUAACAAAUCAAUUAAACAUUAGAUAAUCUUCCUAUAAUUAUCAUUAAAGGAAACUGGAUUAACGUUACUUUGUUGUAAUACAAAUUUAAGUGUUGAUGAUGAAGUUUUUAAUUAAAUAUCUCUAUAAUUGCUCUUGGUUUAGCAAGGAAUGAAUGUGGAUAUAGUAUAAAUAUUAUUAUGUUAAGAUAGGUAUUUGAUGGCAGAUAAGCAAUCGAGAAAGUUUAAAAUCCUUCAAAAUGUUGCCCAAAAUGUAUGGGUUAUAGGAUACUUAUGGAUAAAGAAAUUAAGAGAAAUGAUGUAAAAUCAAUAAUUACCAAAAAUUCCCAUUAUUGGUUUAACUGCAUUUACUAGCGAUGAAGAAGUGGAAAAAUACAAAGAAGUUGGAAUGCUGCAAAUACUUCAUAAGCCUCUUGACAUCUAAAAAUUAUCUGAUUUUUAAUAAUGUUAAUUAUGA